GCCUUUUGGUUUUUUUUUAUAUAUGUUGGACGCGUCAGUCUGGGCCGGCAGAGGGCUGGGAAGGAGUCGCGCCCACCUCUCGUCGCAGUCCCCAGCGGCCGACUUUGGUUUGGAGGGGCUCCACAAAAUACUUCACAUGCAGUCGGAAAGGAGUUUGUGAAACCGACCAAAAAACAAAAAAAAAAAAAAAAAAAAAAAAAAAACGAGGCUCGGCUAUAGACAAAAAGCUCAAAAGAGGAAAAGAAGACGGAGAGAGUCGCCGGAGAUCUGAUUCUAAAACAGCCAGGAAAAACGGGGAAAUCUUUUAGGAUCUACUCCAGCAUACAGAUCUUAUUCCUGAAACCAUGGCCAAUUCCGCUGAAGAUUACGGUAACUACACGUAUGAAUAUGAGGAGUACGGUGAUAUGGAAGACCUUAAAGUGGAUCACAGUCAGACAGAACCUAUCCACAUCAUCUCUAUAGUCAUCUACAUCACUUGCAUCACACUUGGCCUGAUUGGAAAUGGAGCCGUCAUUUGGGUGACUGGGUUUAAAAGCAAGAAGACUGUCAACAGUGUGUGGUUGCUCAAUCUGGCUAUCGCAGACUUUGUGUUUGUGCUUUUUCUCCCCUUUUACAUCGACUACAUUUUGAAGGACUUCCACUGGAACUUCGGUCUGGCCAUGUGUAAAAUUAACUCCUUUGUUUCCGUGAUGAACAUGUAUGCGAGUAUCCUCUUUCUCACCGUUCUCAGUGUGGACAGGUAUGUCUCUCUGGUAUACCUGAACUGGUGUCAAAGGUAUCGCACAGUAGACAGAGCCUGGCUUGUUUGUGGCUGCAUUUGGCUAACAGCUGCCCUCCUGAGCUGCCAUGUGCUGGUCUUUCGCGACAUUUUACACGUCAGUGGGAAGGUGUUAUGCUACACUAACUAUCACGUAACAAACCAGCAAACAACAGCUGCUACAAUACACACAAUAUUAGUGUCCGUCCGUUUCACUGUGGGCUUUCUUUUGCCGCUUAGUGCCAUAAGCGUGACGGGCAUACUUCUGUCAAUAAAAGUGAGACAAUCCCAGGGUUUGGUUCGCAUUUCGAGCUUCUCAAAAACAGUUACAGCUGUUAUCCUGGCCUUCUUUUUCUGCUGGGCACCUUUCCAUAUUUUCGGCUUGAUGGAGUUGUUUGUACAUCACUCACUUACAAUGCACAAUAUUUUGAGAGCUGGUUUCCCGCUAGCAACCAGCUUAGGCUUUUUCAACAGCUGCAUUAACCCGCUACUGUACAUGCUGCUUAGCAAGAAGGUGCGCCAUAUCCUCAAGGACGCGUGUCUGAACAUAACCAAGAGUUCCCUGAGAGAACUGAGCCAGUCCAUUUCCGCCACAGAUGUAGAGACUAUGCAUGGCAUACAUCAGGACAGCGUCCCAGACGAGCCAACAGUGUCGUCGACUCUAUGAGAGAAGGGUGACUAAUCGCUGCUAUUCUUUCCAGCCUCAGUGUUUAGAUAUUCCCAUUUUGCUUCAUUUUCCACAAAGCUACGCCUGCUUCAAAUGAAAAUUGCUUUGAGUGGAAAAACUCAACUAAACUGCACUCAGCAUGUCAUUAAGUAAAUCCAUUUCCACCUUUUUAUCUGCACAGAAAGAGGCCAGAUUUACAGCUGCAACUGUUUAAAGGAUUUGGAGAAAAUGGCAGCACAAUUAUUCUAAUUAAUCGUCUAUUCACUGCAAGCAACUGACUGCUUUUACUUUUGUAAAAGUAUCUGUAUAUUGACUUUUCACUAAAGGGAAAAUCUGGUUGUUGGUGAUUUUUGUUCCAGAAAUCUUGAUCAAAGGUUUCUAACAUGUUUUUAAAUCUUGUUGCAUUUCUAUCUGUCUAAUUAUUCAGAAACGGAUAACAUUUAUUCUACAAAGAAUGACAUAUCAGGCAUGUUUUUAAUCGUAGUUUGUGGCAAAAGGUUAUAGUGUCUCGAAAAAGUAUUUAUAUAAGCUUUUUUUGCAAUACAACCACAAACUUCAGUUAAUUUUAUUGGGAUAUUAUGUGAUAGACCAAGUGUCAAGAAUCUAAAACCCAUUUCCCCUUAUUUCCACUGAAUACAUUUUGUCUUGAGCCAGAAGGACCGAUCUGGUCAUCAAUUGAGCUUGUUUUAUCAGAGAAUACAAUCUUACAUCUUUUUAGAUUUUAGAAUGAAAAACAAACUUUUACAAAUGUAAGGACUUUCAUUUUCUUGAAUUGAAAGUUUCAUUUGAGACCCAAAGAGAAAUAAAAAGACUACUUUUCAAAUAAUUAUGUUUUGAAAAAUCUUGCAGAUUAGAACAAAGAAAAUGACUAAAUUCACAAUUUCUAUCCCCAUAUAUUUAUAAAUGGUGAUGUUAUGUAGAGCCAGGAAGAAGAGGAGCCUUAUGUGGCUCCACCCUGAGAUUUGAUUUCAAUCAACUUGAAUCUCAACAGAGAUUUAAGUUGAAAACCCUUGCAAUAGACCAAACCAUGUUGAAAGUGUGAACUUCUGAAAUGGAAGCUGUUAUACAUGCAUUUAUUUAUUUUUUUAACAUCUUUGUUUUCAUGCUCUCUGUGUGAAAGAUUAACUGUGCAUUCAUGCCGAUAUCCACAUGUUUGUUUUGUCCCCUGCAAAUCAAGUUUCAUCUAUAGCAUUUAUAUUUCUAAUCCCAAUUAUGUGCUACAUUGUGUAACAUUAAAAUAUAAAAUAUGACAAGCUUUGUGAAAGUAAUGCAAAAAUUGUGUAAAAAAAUCAAGGUAUAUGAGUACUUUUGCAAAGCACUUUUAUUCAGGUUUUCUCUGACUGUUAGAAUUGUAUUACCUCAUCUAUUUAGACGUCUGCUGUAUUAUUACACAAAGGGCUAAAUAAAAUAAAAUGUUUUAUCCAAACAUAUUUAAAGUAAAUCUUACAUGAUUUAAUAAACAUGUUCUUCUGA